GGCUUAGUAACGUUACAGAGUUCUAGACGGAAAUAUACAACAAUGGCAGCCCUGCUGCUUUUCACCAGCUGCCUUAUAGGACUACAAGUACCGGGAUGUCCCCCUGCCGACUGGCUUUCCCGGCGUGCGGCCACCACUGCUCACGUUCACACUGAGCGCCGCCGUCACUCGCUAUAGAACUACAUCUCCCAGCAUGCCCCGCUGGGACGCCGCUCAAUGGUUGUCACUUGGCUGAACCCGGAAGUUGACAUUGCAGGAACACGUGGGAAGAGUUCUCCCCAAGCUGCAUUGUCCUAUCUGUCCUGUUAUGUGCCUUUUAUUAUUAUUAUUAUUAGUAGUAUAGUUUUAUACUCUGUGUUUAAGAUGGACACUGUGCUUACAUUACUUCCACUGAACCAUGAAGAUCACGGAACCCAGAGGUGUCGGCUGGGACCCAAGGCGAUGUCUUACCUGGGAGUAAAGAUAGGUUUCCCCCUCCUAAUAUCGUUGCCCAGUGGCAGCUGUUUGUGCACUGUUUGGCCAAGAAAGGAUUUGUCUGAAGGGUUUUUGCAGGCUGACCUGAUGUGUUCCACGUUACCUAAACCCACGGUGGACUAUAAGAAUUCCAUUGUUUCUUUAAAUCGGUUAAGAAGCCUAAGUUCUGUAAAGUUAAAAAAGGCAACGGUAAAAGUUGUAAUGAGAAAUUUGGAAGUGAAGUUAGCUGUAUGUGGACCAAUUCUCCAUGAGGUGGUGAAAGACUUGCUGAGAAAUGUUUAUGUGUUACCUGGCUAUUUGAUAAGCGUGAUGGAAGAUUCGCCAGUAGUGAAUGUGGAAAUACUAGACACGGAUCCCAAAGAGGGAGCAGCUGGACUUAUAACAGCAAAAACAAAUUUGAGUAUUAUAGAGACCCUAACGCAGGAAUGGUACGCCCACAUAAUGGACAAUGUGCCACAAUGUCAGGUUGCUGGAAUGGAUGAUGUAUGUACCUCACUUAACGAGAUUAUAAAUUUACCUUUUCACUUCCCAGAGACCAUCAGUAAGCUAGGCCUUGCUUGUCCCAAAGGGCUACUCCUGGUUGGUCCUCCUGGGGUUGGAAAAACUCUUCUGGUAAAGGCUGUUGCAAGACAAGCGGGUGCCUAUCUUAUUAGUCUGAGUGGGCCCUCAAUUCAUGGAUCAAGGCCUGGAGAAAGCGAGGAGAAUUUGAGAAAGAUUUUUGAGAAAGCCAGAGAUGUGUCUCGUGGAGGUCCAUGCAUUCUUUUUAUUGAUGAGAUUGACUCCUUGUGCCCUAGACGGGGGAACUCAAAUAAUGCACCUGAAAACCGUAUAGUUGCCCAGCUGUUGACACUCAUGGAUGGGGUUCACAGUGAUAACAAGAUGGUCAUUAUUGCUGCUACAAAUCAGCCAGAUGCCAUAGACUCUGCACUUCGGCGACCAGGAAGAUUUGACAGAGAGAUUAUUAUUGGAACUCCCACAUUAAGCCAGAGAAGAGCCAUUCUUGAUGUGCUUACGUCACAUAUGCCUAUCAGCAGAGAUGUGGACAUAGCUGCUCUAGCAGAUAUGACUGUGGGCUAUGUAGGAGCUGAUCUCACUGCCCUCUGCAGAGAUGCUGCCAUGCAGGUGGUACUGCAAGCCCAUCAGGACAGUCAGGUAGACCUGGUCAGCAGGAGACAUUUCUAUGAAGCAUUUAAAAAGAUACGGCCCGCUUCUGCACGGAGUGCUAUUGGAAAGGUGGAGUUUAAACCCGUAUAUUGGGACAAAAUUGGUGGACUGGAGGAUAUUAAACUAAUGUUGAAACAGAGCAUUGAGUGGCCCUUGAAGUAUCCGGAAGCCUUCCUCAGGAUGUGCUUAACACCACCAAAAGGAGUGCUACUAUAUGGGCCUCCAGGAUGCGCCAAAACCACUCUUGUUAAAGCCGUGGCUACCAGCUGCCAUUGUUCCUUUUUCUCUGUUAGUGGUGCCGACCUUUUCUCACCAUACGUAGGGGACUCCGAAAAGAUUCUAUCCCAGCUUUUCAGGCAAGCAAGAGCAAGCACUCCAGCAAUUGUGUUUCUGGAUGAGAUUGAUGCUAUUGUGGGAUGUCGCUCAGAGUGCAGGACAGGCUCUGGUGUCCAGGAGAGGAUCCUCUCUGUUCUCCUGAAUGAACUUGAUGGUGUUGGGCUAAAGACUACAGAACGCAGAGGGAACCCACUAUUAUUAGAAGGUGGCCAUUAUCAAGGUCAUAAUGACCAGAUGGAAAUGAAGGAAGUUGUAAACAAACUGGUGAUGAUUGUGGCUGCUACAAACAGGCCAGAUGUUUUGGAUGAUGCUUUACUGCGGCCAGGAAGACUGGACAAGCUCCUGUACAUACCACCACCCGAUGAGGAGGCACGUUUGUCUAUACUAAAACUCUGCACUAGUAGUGUGCCACUAGCUAGUGAUGUCUGUCUGGAGCGCCUGGCAGCAGCUACUUCAUACUACUCUGGGGCAGACCUUCAAAAUCUCUGCAAAGAGGCUGCCUUAGUUGCAUUACACCUGAGUGGACUACAGGCUUCCUGCGUGAAACAAGAGCAUUUCCAACAGGCUUUAGCAUCUCUGACUCCAUCUCUGAAUGCCAGGGACCUAAUGGCCUAUAAGAAACUGCAGGGUCAUACAGGAAUAAUGGGUUAAAUGGAAAACAGACUACUUUAUAAUACAACAAGAACUGACAUACAUGUAUUAUUGCAUUAUGUAGAAAUAGAAGUGGAACAAGCUUUAUUGCAAGGAUUAAUACCAAUAGCCAUGUAAUAAAUAUUUUAUUAUAAACACUG